GCGGACUCCGCUCGGCCCGCCGAGGCAGCAGCAGCAGCCGAGAUCGCAGCCUGUCCCCAGAGUUGGGGGUGGGGGUCGGCAUGGGCGGUGGUGGCAGCGGCAGUGGCGGCUCCGCGCGGCGGUGGCGGCGAUGAGCUUCGAGGAGGACGAUGGGCACGGCCGUCUCCAAACGCCGCUCGCUCCGCAACGAGGCCGUGGCGUCGGUGGCGGCCAAAGUCAGAGCGGCGAGGGCUUUUGGAGAUUAUCUCUCUCAGAACCAUCCGGAAGGCCAGAAUGGUUCAGAUCACCUGCUUGCUGAAUCCUACGUUGGGCAGGAGGACUCCCCAGAUAUGCACCAGGGAGCCCAGAACAAGCGCCGCCUGUCCCUCAUCUCUGAUGGCAAAUUCGAACACAGCUUCUCAGAGGAGCGUGGCGAGAAGCUGGCAGGCGAGGGGCCUAAACCACGGGUCUACACUAUCUCCGGGGAGAGGCCUAUGCUCUCCCAGCACCAGAGUGAGAGCAUGGAGCUGGUGGUCAUCAAAGGGGCUGAGGCUGAGGAGGAAGAGGAGGAAGACUGCUCCCAGGGCCAGCCUCUCCAGAAUGCGGUCAGCUCCCACAACAUUGGGAGGCACUGCAAAGGGAGCUGGGCCAGCAGCCGCCAGGUCUCCAAGGAGUGCCCUGGCUGCACCCACCUGGCUGCUCCUUCCCAGCACACCUUCGACAUAGAGCAUCCUCACCCCCAUCACCCCCAUCACCCUCACCACCACCACCACCAGGCCGGCGAGACUGGCUGGCGCCGGAAAAAGCUGGAGAGAAUGUAUAGCAUUGACCGUGUGUCAGAUGAUGUCCCCAUCAGAACUUGGUUUCCCAAAGAGAACCUCUUCACUUUCCAAACAGCUACAACAACUAUGCAAGCCAUCUCGGCAUUCAGGGGCUACGCGGAGAGGAAGAGGCGGAAGCGGGAGAAUGAUUCUGCGGCUCUAAUCCAGAGAAACUUCAGGAAGCAUCUGCGGAUGGUGGGGAGCCGCCGCAUGAAGGCGCAGACCUUUGCCGAGCGCCGAGAGAGGAGCUUCAGCCGGUCCUGGAGCGACCCCACUCCCAUUAAGCCCGAAAACCUCAAUGAUUCCCGAGAAAGCCAUGAGCUCCAGGAUUCCUGCUGUGCACUUGACAAGGGCGUUGACUUGAACUGGGAGGCAGAGAAAGAGCUUGAGGCUGCAGCCUGCAGUGGGGAAGACUUCAUCCCACCCAAGAUCAUGCUCAUUUCCUCCAAGGUGCCCAAAGCUGAGUAUGUUCCGACGAUCAUCCGCCGGGAUGACCAGUCCAUUAUCCCCAUCCUCUAUGAUCACGAGCAUGCCACCUUUGAUGAUAUUUUGGAGGAAAUUGAGAAGAAGCUGAACAUCUACCGGAAGGGCUGCAAAAUCUGGAAGAUGCUGAUUUUUUGUCAGGGCGGUCCAGGCCACUUGUACCUUCUGAAGAAUAAAGUUGCCACCUUUGCAAAAGUGGAGAAGGAGGAAGACAUGAUCUAUUUCUGGAAGCGGCUGGGCCACCUGAUGAGCAAGCUGAACCCAGAGCCAAACGUCAUUCACAUAAUGGGGUGCUAUGUACUUGGGAACCACAAUGGAGAGAAGCUGUUCCAAAAUCUGAAAAAUCUGAUGAACCCCUGUCGGGUUACUUUUGAAUCUCCUCUUGAACUCUCUGCUCAAGGGAAGCAAAUGAUCGAGACUUACUUCGAUUUCCGCCUUUACCGCCUCUGGAAGACCCGCCAGCACUCCAAGCUUUUGGAUUACGAUGACAUCUUGUGAGCCAAGCGAGCAGUGGCUGAGAGUGGGUUGGUUUUAUUGGAGUCCCAAGUGCCGUGCAGAGGGAAAGAGAGAGACCUUUUUGCAGGCACAGGGGAGGCCUUAGCAGCCCCGUCAGGGGUGGUAGUUUGUGCUGCAGAGCAAAACAGGAGUGUUGUCGGGACGUCGGGAGACUUGGAGCGUGCAGCCUGCUUACCUGGAGUGCAGUGUCUGAUGGAGGGAGCGCUGUUGGAAAAGGACAGGAUAGGAGUAUCCUCAUGGAACUGAGCUGAUUUUUUUGAUCACGAAGGGCCAAACUCAAUUGCAGGUCCUUUUUAAACAGACAUUCCAAGCUCAGGUUUUCUUAACUACAAAAACUCAACUGAUCAUCUUUUACCCCCGCCCCUUCUUCUCGUGCUACCAGAAUGGGGGAAGCAUCGCCUGUGUGCAAUGCCUUGUGGUUUCAUGUGCGGAUGUUGCCUCUUCUUUCGCAGGCAAAGGAACACCAUGCUCAACCCUGCGUGCUUUUGAGUUGUGAGGUCCGAAAUGGUCCGAAAUGGAUUAAAGGAAGUUCAGACUUUAAAA